UGAGGCUUGCUCCUAAGGAAGGCGGGGGGAGGAUAGAGUAAAUAAAUGUGUCUUACAUAUAAGUGAACAUCAAUUCUGGAGUAUCAUUAUGAAAUGUCAGUCGGGAGUGGUUCCAAUAGAGAUGUUAUUAAAAUUACUUUGUUUGUGCUUGCUAACGGUGUGCGUGCUUUCUGCGCCACUCACGGAUGAGGUCCCCCCGGAAAGAAAACAACCGACAGUGAUACCCAUUCUUACACAAUCUGAGGAAAUUGACGCCGACGGAAAAUAUAAAUUUAGCUAUGAAACCGGGAAUGGUAUCAAGCGUGAAGAAACGUCGUUCGACAAAGUGGUAGAAGGCAAGGCCGAGCAUAAACACACCGAUUGCAGCAACGAAGGUGGUGAGGAUGAGGACAGUGGAGAAAUUCAUGUGCAAAAGGGAUCCUACUCUUAUACCGCUCCAGAUGGUACCGUCGUUAGCGUAUCGUAUAUUGCAGAUGAAAAUGGAUUCCGACCUACCGGAGAACAUAUUAACUUAGGACCGAAAAGAGUUGAAACCUUCAGUCACAUAAACAAAUAUGACUCUUCACUAGAACACGAGAACAGUGAGGAAUAUAAAUCCAAACCUGUUCAUAAAAAGAAAGCUUUGGCAGAAAACUCACAGUCGGGAUCAUUUGAAGAUAUAUUACCACCUCACGGUGAAUUCGCGAAAAAAAUCACCAAAGAAGAAACACAUGUGGUCAUUAAACCUGAAAAGGUAGUCGAAGAGAGCAACAAACUAAACAAUAAAAAUAUAUUAGUUGAAAAAGGUAAAAGGCCAAGUUUUACUGCACCUGGGGCACUCGUUGCCGAAGAAGAUGACUUAACUAAUGAUAAUACAGCACUUGAGAAAAAAGUGGAACAUCCCAAAAAUCAUAAUGAAGCCUCUAAUAAACAAAACAAAAAAGUUUUUAUCAAUAUGGAUAUAAAACACAACGCUAAGGAAAGUGAGUCCCAAGAAAAAAUAUCAAAAGAAGAUAAAAAUACUGCUAUACAAAAAGAAGAAAACCUAGCUACAAAGGAAAGUGACAAACUUGAAGGUAAAGUAAAGAAAAAUUCAUAUGAUAAAAAAAUAGAAAAAUCUGCUGCUAAAGAAGGAGAAAAGCUGCCCAAAGCUGACGAAGAGUCGGUUAGAAAUGAAGGACAAAAACACGAAGCCAAAAUUGUAGGAAAACCUGCAAUUGAAAAAAAGAUAGGUGCCAUCGAAGGAGAAAAAUCCGCUUCGAAAAUUGAGGAAAAGACUGCAACAAAAGAAAAUGAAAUGUCAGAAACCAAAGAUGGAAAAACAGCAGAUGUCAAGAAAAGUAAGGAAAUGACAGACAAAGAAGGGGAAAAGUCUGCACUCAAUGUAACAGGCAAUCCCAUAAUCAAAGAAGGAGUAAAGCCUAUGGUCAAGGAAGUUGAAAAAGUCACUGCAAAGGAAAAUGGUAAAACUCCCCCUAAAGAAAAUGAAAAGUCAGGUGUCAUGAAAGGAGAAAACCCUGUACUUGAAAAAAGUAAGAAGCUCCAAGAGACAGAAAAGCCUGCAGUCGAAAAAGAAAAGACACCAAAUACCAAAGUAACCAGUAAUGAGACACUUGCCACUAAACCAAAGGACGCUUUAAAAGACGGCGAAAAAACUGCUGCUAAACAUGUAGAAAAUCACGCUAUCAAAGACCUUGUAGCAAAAGAAAGUAAAAAUUAUCUUGCUAAAGGAGAAAAACUAGUCUCUACAAAAGAAGAAAAACAUGCACCUAAAGAAGAGAAACCAACCCUUAAAACAGGAGAAAUGCCUGUCUCCGUAGGAGAAAAACCAACACCUAAAGAAGGAGAAAAACCUGCGCCCAAAGAAGGGGAAAUACUAGCUCCCGAAGAAGGGGAAAAAUCUUCGCCCAAAGAAAACAAGCCAAUCCUUAAGGAAGGAGAAGUGCCUGCCUCCACAGGAAAAAUACCAACCCCUAAAGAGGGAGAAAAGACAGCGCCAAAAGAAGAAGAAAAGCCUGGUUCCAUAGAACAAGAAAAGCCAGUGCAUAAAGAAGGUGAAAAAUCAGCACUCAAAGGAGGAGAAAAGCUAAUACUCAAAGAAGGAGAAAAGUCUGUACCCAAAGAAGAAGAAAAGCGAGCCCACAAAGAAGGAGAACAGUCAGCUCCCAAAAUAAGAGAUAUGCUAGCUUCCAAAAUAGGAGAAAAUCCGGCUAUUAAAGAAGGAGAGCAGCUGACUGUCAAGGAAGAAGACAAAAAGACACCUUCUAAAGAAGGACAGAAGUCAUCUUCCAAAGAAGGAGAUAAUCCUGUUCCCAAAAAAGGGGAACAGCCAGCCCCUAAAAGUGAUACGCCAGGCUCCGAAGGGGAAGAAAAUCCUGCCCGCAAAGAAGUUGAAAAACCAGUUGUUAAGGAGGGAGAAAAAUCAGCUUCCAAAGAAGGAAAAAAACCUGAAUCCAAAGAAGAAGAAAAAACAACCUCUAAAAAUGAAGAAAAUCUUGCUCCCAAAGAAGGAGAAAACCCAGUCACCAAUGAAGGCGAUAAGUCAACCCCCAAAAAUGGAGAAAAAGACGCUGUCCUUAACAAAGAAGGAAAGUCUACUCUUAAAGAAGGAGGAAAGCCAGUACUCAAAGAAGGAGAAAAGCCAGUGUCCAAAGAAGGGGAAAACUCAGAUCUUAAAAAAGGGGAACAUCCAACUCCCAAAGAAGGAGACAAGUUACCGUCUAAAGAAGGGACAAAACCUACCUCUAAGGCAGGAGAAAAGCCAAAUGUCAAGGAUGAAGAAAAACCAGCUCCAAAGAAAGGAGAAAAAUCAGCGCCCAAAGAAGAAGAAAAGUCAGGCCCCAAAGAAGGAGAAAAGCCAGGUCCCAAAAAAGGAGAAAACCCAGCUCCCAAAGAAGGAGAAAAACCAGCUCCCAAAGAAGAAGGAAAGACAGCGUCUAAAGAAGGAGAAAAAUCAACCGAAAAAGAAGAAGAAAAACCAGUGUCUAAGGAAGGAGAAAAGCCAGCGCCCAAAGAAGGAGAAAAGUCAGUGGCCAAAGAAGAAAACAAGCCAGGCCCCAAAGAAGAAAAGCCAACUCCUAAAGAAGGAGGAAAGACAGCGUCUAAAGAAGGAGAAAAAUCAACCGAAAAAGAAGAAGAAAAACCAGUGUCUAAGGAAGGAGAAAAGCCAGCGCCCAAAGAAGGAGAAAAGUCAGUGGCCAAAGAAGAAAACAAGCCAGGCCCCAAAGAAGAAAAGCCAACUCCUAAAGAAGGAGGAAAGACAGCGUCCAAAGAAGGAGAAAAAUCAACUCCCAAAGAAGGAGAAAAGUCAGCUGUCAAAGAAGGAGAAAAGCCAACGCUCAAAGAUAGCGAAAAACCAAUCCCUAAAGAAGGAGAUAAGACGGUACCUAAGGAAGCAGAAAAGCCUGCUUCUAAGGGAGGGGAAAAGCCAGAUGCCAAGAAUGAAGAAAAAUCAGCGCUUAAAAAAGAAACAAAAUCAGAAGUUAAGGAAGAAAAAAAACCAACUACCAAAGAUGGAGAAAAAUCAGAUAUCAAAGAGGGUGAAAAACUGAGAUCCAAAGAAAGUGAAAAGUUCACACUUAAGAGAGGAGAAAAGCUACCUAGCAAGGGAGGUGAAAAAUCUAACGAAGCAAGCAAAUUACCUAGUAAAGAAGUAAAUAAUACAAAAGAAGAAAAGUCUGUUACUAAAGAUGCAGUUGAAUCGAAAAAAGAACCUGAAAAUGCAGAAAAAUUAUCACAAAGAGCGGUUAGCGUAGCAAAAGAAGCUAAGAAAUCAGCUAGUGGAGCAGUUCAGUCUGCUAUGGAAGCUUUAAAAACCGUAGAAGAAGUAAUUCAAACUAUAAAAGAACAGAGUGCGAUAGAAGGUCCAUCGUCUAAAAAUAAUGCCACAGCAGAAAAAGCCUUAAUUGCCAAAAACGCAGCACAAGAAGCACUACAAGCUGCUCAGGCAGUUGGUUCUGCUGCUGAAACUGCAGAAAAAGCCGCCAAAGAAGCUAUAUCUUUGGCGAAAUCGCUACCAAAACCCUCGGAAAUCAUUGCACAAAGUAGAGAACAUCCCUUGAAUGUACUGAAAAUUGAGAACCCUACAAUAGAAUUAGGGAAGUCGUCUAUAGAUCAUGAAAAAACUGAAGAACCUGAUUACAGUGUUAAACCAAUGGAGAAUCCAAAAAAAGUAACAAAAUCUCCAGACGAAGCACCUAAACCUGAGGCUGCAUAAUUUGGAAUAAUCAAAUUAUUGUUGACUUAAGGUCAGUACGAGUGAACGUUGUGUUAAUAUGGACAAUCGAAUUCAAAUCCUACCUGAAGCCUGAAGCUUUCUGUGGAUGAACUGUUAAUUAGUGUUUAAAAGUGAUAUAAUUAUAUCGUAAGAUUUUCUAAGUCAAUAACCUGGUUUGUAUUGUUAAUAUUUAAUUUAAUAUUAUUAAAUAAACGA